CAGUGUGUAGCAGGCUGAUCAAGCUGACUGUGGUACCGAGGCACAGAGCAGCUUGUCCUUGGAGCCAUGAGUGCCAUAGGGUUCGACCCGUACUUCUCCUCAUCCUACAAGCGUUGGUAUGUGGAGAGCAGCCCCCGGGUACCUCAGCGUGGCCGAUCUCGCACCACGUACUCUGCCCAUCUCCCCUCUCUCUCCUCAUCCCGACUACACUAUGCCUCCCCCGGCCGGACCUCUGCCUCUCUGCUGAUGAGCAGCCCUGCACGUGCCAUGGACAUGGACCUCAGCCAUGCUGCCCAGGUAAGCUCUGAGUUCCGAACAGUCCGAACUCAGGAGAAAGCCCAGCUGCAAGAUCUGAAUGACCGUUUUGCUGGUUACAUUGAGCGUGUCCAUGAACUAGAGCAGCAGAAUCGGGCUCUGGAGUCCGAGCUGCUCAUGCUGAGGCAAAGGCAUGUGGAGCCUUCCCGUCUGAGGGCCCUGUACGAGCAGGAAGUCCGUACACUGAGAGCUGCUGUGGAGGAGGCCCGUAUGGAGAGGCAGGCCGCAUUGAGCCACAGAGAGAGCAUGGAAGAUACUUUACGGUCCCUGCAGGCCAACUAUGAGGAGGAGGUGGUUGCCCGCGAAGACACUGAAGGUAGGCUUCUGGAGGCCCGCAAGGAGGCAGACGACACUGCUCUGGCCCAAGUAGCACUGGAGAAAAAGGUGGAUACAUUGCUGAAUGAGCUGGCUUUCCUGAAGAAGGUCCAUGAAGGUGAGAUCUCAGAGCUACAGGCCCAGGUUCAGUAUGGAGCCCAGAUCGCUGUUGAGGCAGAGGCGAUUAAACCUGAUCUAUCCAGUGCCCUUCGGGACAUCAGAGCCCAAUACGAAAAGCUGGCAGCCAAGAACAUCCAGUCAGCCGAAGAGUGGUUCCGUGGGAAGAUGGGCCAUCUGACCGAGAGUGUAGCCCACCACACUGAUGCAAUGAGGAAUUCUAAGGACGAAGCUGGAGAGUAUCGUCGUCAGCUUCAGGCAUGCAUCCUCGAGAUUGAUGCCUGCAAGGGCCUGAAUGAGUCCCUGGAGAAACAGCUGAGAGAUGUGGAGGACAGGCAGAGCUCUGAAAUUGCUGCCAUGCAGGAUACAAUCAGCGAGCUUGAGGAUGAACUUAGAGCUACUAAGGGUGAAAUGGCAAAAUAUCUGAAAGAGUACCAGGAUCUUCUCAAUGUCAAGAUGGCCCUUGAUAUUGAGAUAGCUGCAUACAGAAAGCUCCUUGAGGGGGAGGAGUCUCGCUUCAAUGUGGGUGUGGGAGGUUUGGUCAGUGCUUACUCUGUUGGUCCCGUCUACUCCCGGCCCAUGUUCUCACUGUCCACUCUGAGCUCUGGUGCCCCCUAUCUGCUUGGCUCUCGACUGGUCAGCACAUCCCUCACUGCAGAUGAGGCCAUUACAGCCAGUCAAGCUCAAGAAACUGAAGCCAGACCAGCCGAGGAAGAAGAAGAGAAGGAAGAAAAGGAAGAGGUGGAGGAAGAAAAGGAAGAGGAAGAAGAGGAAAAGGAAGAGGCAGAAGGUACCAAGGAGGAAGAGGAAGGUGGUGAGCAAGAAGAGGAAAAGGAGGAUGAGGCAGAGGAAGAAGAAAAAGGAGAGGAAGAGGAGGAGGCUGAAGAAAAGGAGGAUGUUAAAGUGGGAGAUGAGGAGGAGGGAGAUGAAAAAGAGGGAGAUGGGGAAGAGGAGGGUGAGCAGAAAGAGGGAGAGGAGGAAGAGGGGGAGAAAGUUGAGGAGGAAAGUGCUGACAAGGAGGAGGCUGAGAUGGAAACAGAAAAAAGUGAGGAGAAAGCUGAUACAAGUGCCAAGGACAAAGAGGACACUGAAACAGACAAAGAAAAGGAAGACACUGAUACAGACAAAGACAAGGGAGAGAGCACUGAAACAGAGAAAGACAAAGGUGAGGCUAAGGCUGAAAAAGCAAAAGAUGAAGAAAAAUCUGACCCAGCCAAAGAGAAAGGCAAGGAAAAAACUGAUUCUGUGCCUGAACCUGAGUUAGUCAAGGAUAAAGGUGAGGAGGAGCCAGAGAAACCCAAAGCAAAGGAAAAGGCAGAGCCAGAAAAGGCCAAGGGCAAAGAUGAAGGUGAGAAAAGCAAGGGUGAUAAAAAGGAAAGUGUAAAGCAAGAAAAGGGGAAAGAGGAAACUGAAAAACCCAAGGGGAAGAAAUAAUGUAUAGAAUCUACAACAGCAAAAAUACAGCCUGACCUGCUUCUCCUGUCGUUCAAUCAGUUACUUAUCAAUAUGCCUUGGUAAAUGGUGCUCAGUGCAAAUUGCAAUAAAAUGUCUGAAACUUAAGUCGACUUGAUCAGCUUUUCGAAAUGAUAACGAUUGUUUUUGAGAUGCUUUACAUAUCUGAGUGAAUGUAUGCUUGUGAAGUAGAUUAUAUUUUUGAAUGAGGCAACAGUCUUGCCAUAGAUUGUAAAAAGUGAAACUUUGCUGCCAGUGCAAUAAAAACAUGCUUCUUGAU